AAGGUUUGAGGAGGUGUUUAAUUUGACAGUGGGCCCUGCUCAUAAAGCGUCGGUUGUCAUGGAAAUAUGAAGGCUUAAUUGGCGCGCGGGGCCGGUUCUCGCGGGGCAGCAUGGCGGAGGAAGAGAGGCCGCCGCCGGACGCGGGCUUCGGCCAGCUGCAGCUCGGAGACGCUUUUUACGACUCAGGCUCUUCUGGGGCAGAUGACAUCUUUGAGGAGGACUCGUCUUACUCCCCGUCCUCCCUCUCCUCCUCCUCCCUGUCCACCGCCCCCCCCGGGGCCUCCCUCUCCGGGAAAACUCUCUGCACUUCUUGUGGUCAGGAAAUCGUGGACAGAUACCUUCUCAAGGUCAACAACCUGUCCUGGCACGUGCGCUGCCUCUCAUGCAGUGUCUGUAAAACAUCUCUGGGGAGACAUGUCAGCUGUUAUGUGAAGGAUAAAGAAGUUUUCUGCAAACUCGACUAUUUUAGGAGGUACGGCACUCGCUGUGCCCGCUGUGGCCGUAACAUCCACUCCUCAGACUGGGUGCGGCGGGCCAGAGGGAGCACCUUCCACCUGGCCUGUUUCUCCUGCACCUCCUGUAAGCGCCAGCUCUCCACCGGGGAGGAGUGCGGGCUGCUGGAGAACAGGAUCUUCUGCCGCCCCCACUACGACAUGAUGAUGGAGAACCUGCGACGCUCAAAGGAAAACGAGCAACCAGGUUCAGAGGAGCAGAUGGCAGAUAAAGAGGACUCCAGCUCUAUGCCCCGUCCAGCCAAAAGGGCCCGGACGAGCUUCACUGUGGACCAGUUACAGGUUAUGCAAAGCCAGUUUGCUAAAGAUAACAAUCCAGACGCCCAGACUCUGCAGAAGCUGGCAGAGAGGACUGGGCUCAGCCGCAGGGUGAUUCAGGUUUGGUUUCAGAACUGUCGAGCUCGUCAAAAGAAACACGUCAGUCCCAGUCAGUCCUCCUCCGCCAUGAUGACAUCACUGGCCCCGGGUCAGCUGACUCCACCCCUGAUGGAGGAUUUGCAAUACACAACCUAUUUAUCUCCGGACACACCCCUCCUCACUACACUCACCUACAUGGAUGUCCAAAAUCCAGACCCCCUUUUGCUCCAGCCUCUUAUUUCUCAUUCCCUGACACAACUUCCAGUCAGCCAUGCCUGAGUUCAGCUCCCCUCAGACAACUGAAGAAGACUUUUGAUGGAUGAGCGGAUCAUCACUCCUGUGUUUCUGUGGUUUGAUCAGUUAGAAUAAUUGUGCUGUACUCAUCAGUAUCCAAUGUUUGAGCAGAUGCUUUUAAGAAUCAGCUGCCAAUCAGUAAGUUUAAAUAAUAGAAUAAUCAAUACUUUAAGUGUAGUGCAAAAUAUUGAUAUUUACAAGGUGAAACUUCAGUUGGUAUGUAUGUUAUGAAUUUAUGUGGUUAAUUUAUUUGGUGAAUUGAAUGAGAUGAAGCACUUUGUUAUAAAAUGUAAAACCUGCUUUGGUUUUUGAGUUAAAAAAAUAUCUAUUUUGUUUUUUAAUUCAACUGAUACAACGGGUCUUGGCAUUUACAAAAGAAAUACUUUUUUUUUUAAUGUGUUAAGACUACUUGCAAAUUUGGGAUGGGGUCACACUGCAAAUUAAAAAGGCCAGAGGUGGUGCAUUCAUGGUCUCCUGUUAUUUCCACUGUCAUUGACAUUGCAUU